AGAAAAUGAGACAGAAUGGUUAAAGAAGCCAAGGCAGAACUAGUCAUGGCAGCUGCGCGUUCCCUCUUCUCUCUCCGAUUUCGAGCUACACUUCUCUUGGUUGUUGCACUAGUGGCACGCACACAGAUGGCUUGGUCGCAGCCUUCAGCCUGCUCAACACAGCUCAACAACCUAAGUGUGUGUGCACCAUUCGUGGUCCCUGGUGCCCCUGACAGCACCCCAAGUGCUGACUGCUGCACUGCACUUCAAACAAUAGACGAUGCCUGCAUGUGCAGCACUCUCAGGAUUGCUUCUCGUCUUCCUUCUCACUGCAAUCUCACUCCCGUCACUUGCGACGUAAAUGCAUGAUGUGGAUGAAGACUGAUCCAGGAAUAAUGUUGGGGCGUUAUCUUUUCGUUUUGCUUUCUUUCUUUUUGCCCUUUUUUUUUCCAGUCUCCUGUUCUGAAGAGCCCUGUCAUGCAGAUCAGGGAGAGAACUUCAUGUUAUGAAAUAAAGAGAACAUGUUUCUACUA